GUAUACAACACAUGUUGAGUGAGAGGGCAACGUCGCGAAUAUACGCCGGAAUACCUGCAUAUUUCCACGGCAGUAUAGCCUGCCCCGUCCGUCUUGCUCCCGCCACACACAACAUGCCGCUCCUCCACCUCUCGCUCCCACCGCACCGCCUCCUCGCCGGCCACCGCCGGCUGCUCCCCGCGCCGGCUCCCUAUCACAUCCGCCUCUCCGUAAGAAGGGCGUCGGCGUGGGCCUCGGCCUCGUCGGCUGCGGAGGCCUACGGACUCCCCUUUCCGCCGGAGCACGCCGCCCACCACCGCGAGCUCGCCGCGGCCGCUGCCGUCGUCGAGCGCGCCUGCCGCAUCUGCAUAGACGUGAAGAGAUCGCUGUUUUCAGGUGGCAGCAAUAUUCUUGAAAAGAAUGACCAAACUCCUGUCACAAUUGCGGAUUUCGGAGUGCAGGCCCUUGUUAGUUUGGAACUCCAGAGAUUGUUCCCGUCAAUACCUCUAGUCGCAGAAGAGGACUCGGCAUCACUAAGGUCAUCUAAAGCUGAUGAUAACAGUAGUGGUGCACUUGUUGAGUCAAUUUUUACUGCAGUUGCAGACAAAAUGAGCAACAAUGGUUCACCUUUAACACAUGAUGAUGUGUUGAGAGCAAUUGAUAGAGGAGGCAAGGAUGCUGUCUCCUUUGAUUCAAACCUUGCUACUUAUUGGGUACUUGAUCCAAUUGAUGGCACCAAAGGCUUCUUGAGAGGGGAUGGUGCUCUAUAUGUGGUGGGUCUGGCUCUUGUGGUGAAUGGAACGGUAGCAGUUGGAGUGAUGGGAUGUCCAAAUUGGACCAAUGAUACCAUAGCCAAUGAGAAAGAUGACAGUGCUGCUGCGUGUAAUGGCCGUGGGAUUCUUAUGGUAUCUCAUGUAGGCUGUGGUACUUGGUCUAGGCCUCUGUCUGCUGAGAUUGGCCAGUUCACUACAGCACAGGAUAUUUGGAAGAGAUGCUUUGUUGACACUUGUUCAGUUGUACACAUGGCACGCUAUUGCAUUCCAGAUAGCCAAACCUGGGAUAUGAUACCAUUAUCUGUUCUUUUCAGCUCAACGAUGGAUGAAUCUGAUUCUAGAGAUGACAAUAAAAUUCUUCUCAUAUCUGUUUUCUGCGGCAGCUUAUGCAAGUAUCUAACGGUAGCUUCUGGGAGAGCCUCAGUUUUUGUCCUUCGAGCACGGGCAACAACUCAAGUCAAGUCUUGGGAUCAUGCUGUUGGGGUAAUUUGUGUGCAGGAAGCCGGUGGUCAGAUCAGUGACUGGAGUGGGAAAACGUUGGAUCUUGCAGCUGACCUAACAUCGCGCAGAAUCAUCUACCCUUCGGGUGGUGUUCUCGUGACAAACGGCGCGCUGCAUGACAAGCUUGUUGAAAUGAUCUCAGCAAAUUACAAAUAGCUGCAUAGCUUCACACAUCAACACAUUGCUUUUUUUUAAAACAUUUUACCUUAUUUACCAUCGAAUUGUAUUUGGUCUCGCAUUCAAUAGAGAAACCACAAGCAUGUUCAGAUUA